UAAAUGAUGAGUUUCUGUAAGAAGACGGUCCACUCAAUCCUCUCUCUUUCCCAAUCCACAAGCACAAUUAGCGAUUACCCAUCCCACCACCAUGGCUGCCUUUUUCCGUCCACCACUGGUUGCUUUUGCUUGAUUGCGGGAGAUGCCCAAAAACCCCCAAAUGUAUUUGUUCUAGAGUCUGCAGCAAUUAAGCGCAUUUCCACCCCUACCGCCUGCAAGAAAGAUUCAGCCACUUUCGAGCUCCUCAACAAUGUCUGCAAUUGGUCGUGCACAGAGAGUUUAGGCUUCGAGAGCUCUGACUACCCAAUGGAGGAGUCGUUGGAGGAGGAGGAGUUGUUGAGGUCCAGAUCAAUGGCUGCACGAUCCAGGUGGAAGACGACGGUGGCGAAAGUCAGGACGCAGAAAACCAAUUUCCCACCUCCUCUGCCGUCGUUAAACCAGAAAGGCCAGCCUUGCUUUUAUCUUAAGCCGCUGAGGAGGAAUGGAAGGCUGGAACUCACUGAGGUUAGGAUCGAACGUCCUGAGAUUUUCAUGGCUUCACGCCAAGAUGGUAGAUUGAGGUUGCAACUUAUCAGAUCAGAACCACAGCAUCCCUGUCCACCAUAUCAGGACUGCGACCAAUUGGGGGAAGAAGAGCCAUUCCCAAUUCCUCAUCAUCAUCAUCAAGAG